UACUGCACAAUUUUACGCGUUCGUAUACGAUUUGAACGAUAUGUAAUAAUAAUAGAUUAUUGUUAUUUUUUUUCUGUUUAUUUUGCGCUUCUCAUUCCGUGCUUGUGAUCGGGCGCGCGCGCGCGUAAAAUUCGAGUCUCACGGCGACCGGUCGACGACGCACCUUGCUCUGGCGACGAGCUCGUAUUGUUGUUGUUUCGCACACCGCGCACGUUCAUAUCGUUUGCCGCCACAGCUACGCACAUCACAUAAUACGCGCGACCGUAACGCAUCGCGUACCGACACUGGGAUUGCCGUUAAAGGCACAUGCUCGCUUUAUAAAUAUUAAUUAUUAAUUUAUACAAAUCAUUUAUUAACUUGCACGAAUACUAUGACGUCGCUCCGCACAUCGCCGGUACAACCGAUCGUGACCGACAGCAGUAGUCCGCCAAACGAAUCCGACAUGGAAACAUCCUCGCUGCAGCAGCAGCAGCAGCAGCCGCCGACGCUUGCGUCAUCGUCUCCCAAGUCUACCGACGCAAGUCACAUCGAAGACGUGACGGACUCCACGCAAACUAUGACUGUGGAGGCGGUGACGGCUGCGGGGGCGGCGAGGGCCGAUGGAGAGAAGAUCACAGAUGUGGCGUUAGAAGCGACCAUGGUUGAUGUGUUGGAUUUGAAGACGCUAGCCUCUAACAAGAAUACCGUGGUAGUGUGCAAUCAAACGAAAGAGGAUUUCGGAGACAAAAAUAAUGAAAUCAUCCUCAGCGUUAGAUCACAAUUACAGGUGAAUGAUGAUAAAGAAAUUAAGAAUACGACUAAAAAACAACAACAACAAGAAAAGAAAAAGGCAAUAGCAGAACACGAAAAAAUGUGGCUUACGACGAAAGAAGCUAGUGCAAUAAGCGCUGAAGAUGUAGUAUCUAGAUUGAGAGUUAGCUACAGAAGUGGAUUAUCUUGGAAGGAAUCUGAAUUUAGAAGACAAAUGACUGGAUACAAUGAAUUCUCUGUUCAUCAGGGUGAUCCAUUAUGGAAAAAAUACAUAGAACAGUUCAGAAAUCCAUUGAUACUUCUUUUACUAGCAUCAGCUUUAGUUAGUGUGUGUAUGAAACAAUUUGAUGAUGCUUUCAGUAUUACUACGGCUAUUGUCAUUGUUGUUACAGUUGCCUUCAUACAAGAAUAUAGGUCUGAAAAGUCAUUGGAAGAGUUAACUAAACUAGUUCCUCCCACAUGUCGAUGCCUUAGAGAAGAACAAUUAGAAUCUAUGUAUGCUCGAUCAUUAGUACCGGGUGAUAUUGUUUAUCUAAGCACUGGUGAUAGAGUCCCUGCUGAUAUAAGACUGUUUGAGGCAAUAGAUUUAGCAGUUGAUGAAAGUAGUUUUACUGGUGAAACCGAGCCAUGUAUGAAAACCACAGAAUUGGUAUUGAAUCCCAUGAGUCACACAUCGAUGAAAAAUAUAGCAUUCAUGGGUACAUUGGUACGAUGUGGAAAUGGCAAAGGUAUUGUAGUAAAUACAGGAGAAAAGUCAGAGUUUGGUGAACUUUUCAAAUUAAUGCAAAGCGAAGAAGCACCCAAAACACCAUUGCAAAACAGCAUGGAUAUCCUGGGUACACAAUUGUCUGUCUAUUCAUUUUUCAUUAUUGGUUUAAUCAUGAUGCUUGGAUGGAUUCAAGGUCGACCUAUUUUAGAUAUGUUUACUAUUGGUGUGAGUUUGGCAGUAGCAGCUAUACCUGAAGGAUUACCAAUAGUUGUAACUGUGACCUUAGCACUUGGUGUAAUGCGUAUGGCUAAUAGAAAAGCUAUUGUGAAAAAACUACCAACUGUUGAAACUUUAGGAUGUGUUAAUAUAAUAUGUUCUGAUAAAACUGGUACAAUAACAAAUAAUGAAAUGACUGUUACUACAAUUAUUACAUCCGAUGGAUAUUAUGCUGAUGUUUCUGGGACUGGUUAUAAUGAUCAAGGUGAAGUUCAUUUACUUAAAUCUUACUCUUCAGAACAAGCUAAAGAAGCUAUAUAUAAUUUAUUAGAAGUUGGAGUUAUUUGUAAUAACGCAACUAUCAAUGGAGAUACAUUGCAAGGGCAACCUACUGAAGGAGCUCUUUUAGCAGUAGCUAUGAAGUAUAGAAUGUAUGGUGUCAGUGACAAAUAUAUAAAACUUCAAGAAUAUCCAUUUAGUUCUGAACAGAAACUUAUGGCUGUAAAAUGUGUAAAUAAAUAUGAUGAUGUAAAAGAAGAAAUUUAUUUUGUCAAAGGGGCUUUAGAAAAAGUUUUAAAACAAUGUACAAAAUUUUCUAAUGGAAAUGAAAAAGUAUUACUUAGUAGUAAGAAAGAACAAGAAAUAUUUACUGAAGCGUAUGAAAUUGGUAGAAAAGGGCUCAGAGUCAUUGCAUUAGCCAAAGGAGAUUCAUUACAAGAUCUAGUGUACUUAGGAUUAGUUGGUAUUUGUGAUCCUCCUAAGCCAUUUGUUCGAGAAUCAAUAGAACAGUUAUUUAAUUGUGGGGUAAAAGUAAAAUUGGUCACUGGAGAUGCUCAAGAAACUGCAGUUGCUAUUGGAAGUAUGAUUGGCUUAGAUAUGAUUCAUAGCCAAACUUUAUCUGGUCAACAAAUUGAUAAUAUGUCUGAUCAUCAACUAAAAUCUAUGGUAAACAAUGUAUCUGUUUUUUACCGUGUUACACCUCGUCACAAAUUAACAAUAAUCAAGGCUUUACAAGCAAAUGGAAAUGUGGUUGGUAUGACAGGUGAUGGAGUUAAUGAUAGUGUAGCAUUAAAAAAAGCUGACAUUGGCAUAGCUAUGGGUAAAAAUGGAACAGAUGUGUGCAAAGAAGCAUCAGACAUGAUAUUAGUUGAUGAUGAUUUUCAAACAAUUGUAGCUGCUAUUGAAGAAGGAAAAGGAAUAUUUUUUAACAUUAGGAAUUUUGUCAAAUUUCAACUUAGUACUAGUAUUGCUGCAUUAUCUCUAAUUGCCCUAGCUACCAUUUUUAGAAUACCUAAUCCUCUAAAUGCUAUGCAAAUAUUAUGGAUUAAUAUAAUUAUGGAUGGACCACCUGCUCAGAGUCUUGCAGUCGAACCUGUAGAUAAAGAUGUUGUAAAACAAGGUCCUCGUAAUGUCAAAACCCCCAUGAUUACAAAAACACUAGUGUUGAAUGUUCUUUUUUCAGCAUCAAUUAUUAUUGUUGGAACUCUUUGGGUAUUUAAACGAGAAAUGAGUGACAAUGAAGUGACUAAGAGAGAUACUACCAUGACAUUUACUUGUUUUGUCUUCUUUGACAUGUUUAAUGCCCUUAGUUGUCGUUCACAGACCAAGUCUGUAUUUACUAUUGGGUUAUUCUCUAACAAAAUGUUUCUUGUUGCUGUAACACUUUCUAUUGUUGGGCAAAUGUUAGUGGUAUAUUUCCCCCCAUUACAGAGUGUAUUUCAGACAGAAGCACUCACUCUAUAUGACAUUUUACUUUUAUUGGGCUUAACAUCUAGUGUAUUUAUUGUGUCGGAAGUAAAAAAAUUCUUUGAAAGACAAUUACUGAAAAGACUUAAUAGAACACCUAGAAAACAAAUGGCUUUUGUGUAA